UACGAAGAAAACAUGGAAUACUACACACUUACUCAAGCUCUGUAUCAUUUUGUUAUUGCUAUUGUUGGUUUUUCCGUGUCCAGCGGAGCUAAUCUUGAUAGAGCUUCAUUGGAGCUCAAAGAUCAGCAUCAACAUGAAGUAAUGAUCAAUUUUCCAAGAAAAUCAAACGAAAGUAAAGUUGCAACUGCUAGACAUCUGUAUCUUCCCCCUGGAGAGCCGGAUUUUGUACUACCAGAAGUUAUUGAUAAUAGAGUAAGGAGCGCCUUUCAAAGACCGAUUUCUUCGGCCAUCAUUCAACCGAGCAUCCAAUUGCAAACGCCGUUUCCUCGUGAGAUUUAUAACUACCUUUCACCGGCGAUCAGACACUCGAAUAUCAAAGCCAGUGAUUUUGAAAGAGACGAAAUUAGUGGAUUUGUUAGGAUAAAUUCAAUGUCCUGUAAAAAUACUGAUGAUGAAGCAUUUUUUAAGGCGUCUGUUAUACCACCGAAAGUGUCUGACUAUCCAGUGAUUGAAGGCGCUACUAGUGAAUAUUGCAAAAUUGUUAAAGUUAAUGAUGAGUACAGGUUCAAUUUUAGUAAUGACAUGUUUUGGAACUGUGGAGUUAAAGAUUGUUCUACGGAUGCGGGGAAAUUUUAUUGCUUGAGUCUGAGAUUCGCUACAGUUUCUGGGCUCAAGCUUAAUGAGGAUGUCAAGAUUUUGUUAAAGUGUCGGACUCAGGAAAAAAUUACUUCGCAUACUAAACGAAUACAUGUUAAGACUCAUGAUACAUCCGCUAGAAUGGCUCCAAGAGUAGCAACAGGUGGUCAUAAAAAUGCAUUUGAAACUGAGAUCGGUUUGUACCGAAAAACUCUUGGAUCGAAUCAUUUAUUCGACUCGAGGAUUCAACCGGGUGGAACAGUUAUUCUCGGUGAAGAAAUCCUUCUCAGAGUUGCAGUUCGUGAAGGUGAUGGUUGGCGGUAUUCAAGAAUCAGCGAUGUGACGAUUCAUCAUUUGGAGAACAAGAUACAGAAAAAAAUAAUUAACAGUAUGUGGAUCUUAGACUCGAAUGGAUGUCUCAAUCAAGAAAUCCGGGAAGUUUGUUCACGGGAACAAUAUCGCGUUACACCACUGGAGAGUUAUCUGAUUUUUCAAGCCUUCAUGUUUGAUCAUAUGAAAGAAACCGAUGAAAUGGUAAUGAAUGUUAAAGCUACUGGUUGUCUAGACGGUAAUGACUGCGUGAUAAAUUGCCCUGCGGGACAUUCAAGAAAAACGAGAAGUCUUGCAGAAUUGAAGACACACAAUCAAACUAUUAAUUGGCUUGAUGAUAUCUCUUUUAAAGUAAUUUUACCAAAAAACUAUAAGCAGAAAAAUAUUAUUGAUGAUCGUUUAAUUAUCCCGUAUGCUUUUUCAGCUUUUAUCAUUUUGAUAAUUUUUAUUUUACUUUGUAUCAUGAAAAGCAGUUUUAAACAAAAAAAUCCAAAGUUAUAA